AUGUUUAAUGAGCUUAUAUGGUUUGUGAUUGCUUUCACUGAUGGUACUGAAUGCGAUGUGCUUUAUGUUCCUCAGUCUUCUGCCUUCUCUUCAUUACCCCCCAUAAUCAUUGAAUUUCAACAUUCGGUCACCAAGAGUUUCAUGUGUCGUUGUGUUCAAUAUUGCAUCAACGUAUACAACCGAUUCAAAACUCACCCUAUUCUCCUCAUAUUUUGUAUCAACAAGGUCGAAUCUAAGUCACUUGCAAAUCAGUUUAAGCCCAACUCUGAAAAGCCUUACCUUCUGGAAACACCAUCGAACCAUUUUGCCGAGUGUUGCUAUAUGAUGACUAGCAAAAGCAUUAACGCUGAUGUUAAUGAUAGAUUAUACUCCGUUGCAAAGGAGAUAUUGACUCAUUCCGAUAUUACAGAAAUGGUAGGGAUGCAAGCACUACAGACAAUAUGCAAGGCAAAUCUAGAACAAUUUGCCAAGAUUUCUCAGCAUACGACUGAUAAUCCCAAACGCGCUUACCAGUGCUCCGAAGCAGGACGUACAUAUAGCGAAAAAUUGAAGCGAAAGUACGAUCAAAUGCUUGAAGUAGCGAAUGCUGAAGAGAGUAUAAUUCCCAUGGAAGAGCCUGAAAUAGCUCACGCGGAAAUAAAGCACGAUCAACUGUCAAAAUCCUCGUUAAUUACCUUUGUGGAAGAUUAUAAGACAACGUUAACUGGACGAAUGAACUGGGAUCACUGCUGGGUAGUAGGUCAAAAGCAAAGAUUAUUCAAAGAAUUCGGUAAUGGAGCUAGUUUAAAAGCAAUUUAUUAUCGAAGAAAAAAAUUUGAUGAGCAAUAACUUUUUCUCUGUCAUUGUAUUUAUUUUCACAUGUAUAAGUCUACCAUUGCUACUUCAUACUAAAGAAAAAUUGGAAUGCUUUUUAUUCUUCUG